GGAUCGGGUGAUAUCCUCGAUUUCGACACACCUCCCGCCUUGAACUCGUCGACUCUUCCAAAUGAAACACACGUCUUCCCUCCUAUCCCUCAUCCUAUGGGCAACUUGACACUCUCUGCCAGAUACUUGACUUCUCCGAAUUUUCAGUUGGACGAAUUGGAGUCUCUUCUAUCUUCGCGCUUUUUGUCACUGGAUGAAGGCCCGGAAUUUACACCUACUCUGAUUAAGAAUCAACAGCGGGACUCCUUAUCGGGCUUGCCCGGCAGCCUGCCCAUCAGAACCUCUCUCCCAAAGUCACCACCUUCAUCAAUUGCUGAUAGAUUUGUUCUACCUCCCACUCAUUCCCGCACUAAUUCCCUAUCAGGAGGGCAAAGUCCGCGCAACAUUGCACUGCCUAUGAGCCGGACGUCUACCGCUGGCCCAUUAGCAGCUGGCUCGACCUCCGUGCUCUCAGUUGCUUCAUCGCGUCAAGAUUCUAGCUCGACUUGGUCGAAGGAUGACGUCCGUCCAUUGUCUGGCAUUGCGGCCAGGGUAAGAAAGGAGAGCAUGGGGACUGGACGAGGUGCUGAUCUACCAUCUGCACCAAGUCCCUUACCAAUUCGCAGGCCAAACAUCAAUCCGAUUCAUCUAUUUAAGACAUCCACCCUUUCGUCCGGCUCUCCUUCUCUUCACUCGCCCUCGCCAUCUUUGCGACAGCCAUCACCUCUAUCGGCUGGUGUGCCAUCGCUUCCAUCUAGACCAGCGCAGACUUCGCCGACCUCGUCACGUGUUCCACCGUCACCUAUUGGCAUGGGCAGUCGACCGUCUCCUCCAUUCGCACCUUCCAGUUUGGGCGACAGACGCUCACUUGUAUCUGCAGAGGGCGAUGAGCCUUCGCCGAGGCUUCCUGCGCGAAAGCGUUACUCUAGUAGCUUCGGACAUCGCUAUGCUGCAUCUGGUGGAGCUGGUAGUGAGGGGAGUGCUGGAAGCGGAGAACGGAGGGAAGGAGAACGUGUAGGCGUUGCAUCUUUCUUGGGUCCGAAUACAGACGACGACGAAAUCUCAAUAUUUGUACAAGACAUCGAUUCUCGAAAGCCACUCCAAGGAAGUCGUCGCCCACGAGCAGAACAUGAUCGAGACGGUACCCUGACGCAAACAGAGGGGGUGGUGAGAGAAAGCUCGGGCGCCAAAGCUUCGGAAGAACCCUCCACUGGACCUAUGCUGACAAAGGAGGCAGAAGUUGAUGAGCGCCUGCGACACAUGAAUGAGGUAUUCUUAGCAAGCCUUGAAGGUUUCGGCAGGCCAAGAGAAAGAGGACGGGGGGUUGCCGGCGAUAGCAGCUCGCGUGCAAGUGCAGAAGGAGAUGUCGGGAGAGCUGAUUCUGUGGAGAGGAGCAAUGAGGCUUUAAUUGGCCAUGUCUCGGAUGAGAGAAUGACUUUUCCUGCUGGGAGGCCAAGGCUUGGAUCUCUGCGUAGCAUGAGCGCCAACGACGCUGGGUCAAGUACGGGUUCUGCUGAGGUUAUGGGUCGGAUGGACCUUGAUGAAGAGAUUCGCAGAGGAACAAUGGAUCGCUCAUGAAUCGCGGGCAAGUGGCCCACUCACAGGCUUACGGUAGUAUAGCGAUAAAGGGGAGUCCCAUGCCUCAUGUUUACUUAGGGUACAGCACUUGUGCCAGUGAUUGGUUCAAGUUGAGGUAGUGACGGAAAAUUUUCUGUCCAUGUAUUGCAUCACAUAUGUUAUUUUCGCGCAUUUCCAGAGACCAUCUGCUUUGUUUAGUUUAUAAUUUGUCUAUAUACAUACCCUGAACAUUGUUCUAUUACGAUAUCUAUAGCGUGUUCC